GUCAGUUGGGUUAAAACGUUUAGAUAACGUCAAACUUUUCAUGUCAACGUCACUUUUCGUCACGCAAUUUGUUGUUUUGGACAGCCCAAAGUCAUUAAACCGUGUUACGUGUUACGUGCUUCAUGCUUCAUGUUUCGUGUCUACGUGAUUAAAGAUGCGAGUAUACUGUUGCUGAUACAUGAUUGUGUACUAGUCAUUCGUCAUUAAGUCAAGUUCACUGGAACUUUUAAGUGCCAUCCUUUACAUGAGUUUAAUGACUGGGCUUUAUAAGAUUUGGACAUUGUCAUGAGUACUACUGAGACAGGAACGUCACGUCACGGUGAAAGCCGUUCAGCAUCGGAGCAUGGGGCCACAUCAGACACCGGUGGACAUGAUGACCUCAUUCGUCCACAAGAUUCUGUGAGUCAAUGCAGGUCAAAGGUCAGCAGGACAUCAACAUCAGUGACCGGUGCCAGAGUGAAAGCAGCUGCCAGAAAGGUUGCUUUAGAAGCAGAAGCGGCCAUGUUGCAUCAGCUGCAAGCCCUUGAAGACGAAGAGUUAAAGCUUCAUCAAAGAAAGAGACACUUGGCCCUGCAAACAAAGUUGGCUAUGGCAGAAGCGGAGGAGGCUGUGUAUGCACUUAACGACAGCAAUGAACAUUGCGAUACCUUCUCAGUACACGCAUCAAACAACAGUGAAGUGCAGAUUGCGACACCCCCACAGAGUACACCUGAAGUAGUGGAUACAUCUCCAGCAUGUCAAACCACGAAGUUGGAGUUCGACGGAAUGAAGGAACCAGAUACGAAGCCAGAGGCUGAGACGACAGUGGAUCCAAACAAGACAUCAGAACCGGACAAGACAGUGGAUCCAGUCAAGACAGCAGAACCUGACAGCGCGCACAAGAACAGUGAAACAACGGUUCUUGAGCUGGUGCAGCAGGGUCAAAAGCAGCAACAACGGCUGCUUGAGGUGAUACAGCUGCCGAAAGCAGAACUUUUGACAUACGAUGGAGAUCCCUUGCAGUAUUGGGCAUUCAUAAGAUCCUUUGAGAACAGUGUGGACAACUCCAAUUUGGAGGACAGUGCUAAGUUGAUUCGGUUGUUACAGUACUGUACUGGUAAGGCAAAGAAAGUGAUACAGUGUUGUUCUGUGAUGCAGCCACUUGAAGGGUAUAAGAGGGCUAAGGCCUUGCUUAAGGAAAGGUUUGGUAACAAUUACACGAUUGCUGAAGCUUGGGUGAACAAGCUAACUGAGGGUAGUAGUAUUAGCCCACAUGACAAGAAAGCACUAAGAGAGUAUGCAGAUGAUCUGAAAACCUGUAGGGAGACCCUUAAUGCCAUGGGUUACAUUCAGGAAGUAAAUACUCAGACAGUGUUGGUUACUUUGAUUGAGAAACUGCCAAGUUACCUCCGUAACCGAUGGAUCAAGCAGGUUAGGGUAAAUAGAAAGAAAAACGACAGGUCCCCAAAUAGGGGAUUUAGUAGAUUUGUAGAAGACGCAGCCUGA